AUGAGUGGAUUCUACCAGAUAUCGUCCUCCUCAAUGGCGGAGAUGGGGAUUUCGCCGAAUGCAAAUCUUCAAGACGUCGAGGACGCCCACUAUCCUCCCCAUCCACCCCCGCAAAUGGGAAGCCAUCCUCGACCUCUGACCAACCAAUAUCAAAAUCUCGGGUACUAUACUGGCUUCCCAGAGCCUAUCGUGUUCCAAGAACCAAAACCACAGAACAACCGAAACAAGAAGAGGUCAACACCAGGAGUAGAUCACGUAAAACAUCGUAGAACACGAUCAGGAUGCUACACCUGCAGAAGCAGACGAGUCAAGUGUGAUGAGAAGCACCCCAUAUGUGAUCGAUGUCGCAAGGGGAAGAGGGAGUGUAUCUACCCAGAUCCAUCCGCAACGAAAGGACCUGCCAACAGCAAUACGUCGAAAGAAACAUCAUUGACCAGCCAAGAGGCGAGCCCGGAAUCGUCAAUAGACGAUCUGGAGGAUUUUGAAAAGGAAACGAAGCUCGAAUCGAUUCGUGACGAAGAGGAACCGAUCGUACACUCCCCCCAUUACCCACAGUCGACGAAAGGAUCACAUCGUGAACGCGCAGCGUCGGCUUUCCAGUUACCAAGGGCAGGGAAUCGUCAGAACUCGGAGACGCCUUCGCUGGAAGGAACCAAGAGCUCGUCCCCAGCGGUUUCUACAGGAACUUCCGCUAGCUUAAGCACGACCAUCCAAUCGUCCGAUGCAGCGCUACAGCCGAGCACGACUAGCUCAAAGUGGGCUCAUCUUCACACAGAUAUACAAUUCUACCUGGAUUAUUUUUGCGAAAAUAUCACACACUAUAGCUAUGGAAUACCAAACGAUCCAGACGGCUUUUUUAGUUCCACCUUGCUUUCCAUCGCCAUACGUGAGGGAAACGAUGCAUUGUUAUAUGCAGUAGUUGGGUUUUCGGCAUACCAUGCGACGCUUCGUCAACCCCACGGCAAAGUUGAGGACUUUCUGGGAUACUACAAUAAAAGCGUUACGAUACUUCUAAGCAGUCUCAAGCGCGGAGAUGGCCACAGACUACCUAGUCUUUUAACGAUGCUUCAACUCGCCACAAUAGAGGAAUACCUGGGUGACUGGGUGAACCUAUCGUUCCACCAAACGGGCGCGCUACAGAUUCUGACCCAGCUUUACUCACCAGAAACCAUCAAGCAGUCGCCUCUUAGCGCAUUGCUGACGUGGUAUAUUAGGUUUGACGUUUCCGUCGCGAUGAUGGGAGGGUUUGGGACAGCAUUGCCGAGAGAAUGGUUCGUAUCCGCUGUGGAGGGAAGCGAAAGCAAAGUGGAAGACAGCCCGGAUGACUUGGCUUGGAGGACUGAGAUACAAGCCACAACCCUGCGCUUGAUAUCCAUGGAUAUGUCCCUCCUAUAUGCCAAGUACAGCCAGGGGCAGAUAUCAGCCGAAAACUAUUCCACGGAGUAUGAUCAAGUCUCAGUGCGAUUAUGGGAUUGGAAGAACCGACUUGAUCCUGCCAUCACCGAUGCGAAUUUCCUCGUCACCAACUUCCAAUACAAGCGUCCCCUAACGGACGCCGACGUUGUAGAUCCCUACCAGCCAGGGUCUCUCUACGACCAUCCCUUGUUCUCAACCACAAUCCUACUGAUGGAAUGGCACUCGAUCAUUAUAAUGCACAUGAGUCGCCAAGAGGCUUAUGGACUGCAACAGGAACCCUCUAAUGAACUGAGACAGCUUGCGCUCUCGGCCUGCAAGAUGUACGAAACUGUACAACGCUGGCCAGAUGCUCCACCCGGCGCACUUAUCGCAGUCCAACCUUGCCUUGCUCUCUCGUGUCUAUUCAUUCCUCGGGACUCAAAAUACUCCAUGUGGACUAGGAGGAAGUAUGCGUUUCUGGAAGCAGCAGGAUAUAUUUUCCCAACGACGAUGCGCAGCCGUAUGGCCGAGCUGUUCGAAGAUCCGUCAUGCAUCCAGUGGUGGCUCCCCCAUGAUGAGGGCUUAUCUCCGACUCUUCGAAAAAUCCGAGCUUUCGCUGAUGCACAUAACGGAAGCUUGGUGACACAGCAGACGGAAGCUCUCCGAGAGAUAAGCGCCAUCUUCUCCAAUAUGCGCCUCGACAGCGACGACAGUCCGAGCCCUAGGGAGCCCAGUAGUACCAGCACAGCUACAAGCGGCAAGGGGAAGAAUGUUCAGGGCAGGCGUUGA